GGACUGUAUAAUUGUCUUUCGCUCGAUGGAGUAUUUAACCAGGCAGUACUACCCGCCAAUGCUUUGCACAAAAGCUGAAGAAAAAUUUGGCCAUAGGCAACUGCAAACAUCGGCCAGGCAAAAGGACGAGGAUUUAGGGCAGACGAAUAAGGGGCACGGAAGUCGCGGGUGCAUGGACGAGAUUUGGACGAUGUCCAUCUUAAUCGGUGCUGAUUUGCUAAAAGCUGCCAUCCAACAAUGAUUUGAUCCAUCGUCCAGAUUUCGGCGAGAUGUGUCGUCCCUGUAGCACUGCUCUUUUUUUUAUUUUGGCUUUUGAUUUUCAAAAUUAUGUAUCUUCCAAAUGAAAAUUCUAUAUUAAGUUAUUUUUUCAUAUUCGUGUUUCUCGUGACCAACACUUUCAAAUAAGAUCCAUUUUGAAUAUAUUUUGACAACUUAUAUAUAUAUAUAUAUAUAUAUAUAAAGUUUCAAUACUGAAACUUAGUAUGCGCUACCGAGAAUAGUCCGGUAUUUUGUUUCUACGACCAACAGAGAAAAUUGCUUAAAAUUUUAUCUAUAAAACUUGGUUGAAACAUGGAAAUUUCAUAUGCAAAAUCCGUAAGUUUCUACGCUGAAACUUAAAACUUACUAUGCCCCUAUGCAGGAUUCAACUACUGAAACUUAAAACUUAUUGUGCCCCCGUGCAGGAUUCAACCACUACAUGAACCGUGAGGCAAUCGAGCGGCCAGGCAGGGCUGGGCAGGUGCGUGCCCCCGCACUCGCGUGCCCCUGUGAAUUUCCAUCGGGCAAAAUGGGAUCCUGAGGUUGUUCUACUACCAUGUCAAGAGGGCCCAAUAGAACAUUGAAGGGGGCGCAUUCUGGAUUAUGUUGCCUUGAGCGAUGCACUCCGGCAGGUAAAAGGGUGCACUGAGGCAGGAAACUAGUGCACACAGAGGAUGGCAUUGUUGGGAGUGCUUGCCGGCCUCGAAUGGAUGAAUUUUGAAUCGUACAUAAAUUUAAGGAGAUGUUUCCAGGAGGGAGGACACGGCUGCAGUGAGGAGGCGACGGAUGAGGAAGAGCUGCAAACAGGCAUAGGUCGGCGUGUAUUUCCGUUGUGGUGUGCAUGGCGGUGGCACAGAAAGUAUGGGUUAUAUUGUUGGACUUGAUCGAGCGCCACAUCGGAUGAAAGUAACAAACGAAUCUUCUCUUCAUUGUUAGUGACGCGGUCAAGUGGUGAGGCUUGCAUAGGAAGAAAUGGGCCAAAGAAGAUGGCAACAAGAGCUAAUGUCGCGUUGUGAUUUCUGUGCAAUUUCUCCACACGGUUUGGUGACACAACCACGAUUUAACAAAGUUGUGGCAGCCUGCACUUUUAGAAGUUGUAUAGGGGAACACCCAUCAUUUCUCCACUUUAUUUAUUCAGAACUAUAUGUGAUCUCUCCCUAUAUAUACUUACCUUCUUUCAGGCACCGCCAAGGAACCAUACAAGCUAUAGGCACCAUCCAAGUAUCAAUGGAUAACAAUACUGUGCGCGGAAGUAGGAUGAAUCCUGCCGCUGGUGACGACGACGAGGGGACAUGGUUACAUGCGUGGGGGCUCAUCACGAGCUUCGCGGUCUCCAUGACCCUGAAAGCAGCAAUCGAGCUGGGCAUCUUUCACGCGCUCAGCAACGCCGGCAGCCUUGCGAUUACAGCGGAUGAGUUAGCCGCGCGGCUCCCAACCAUGGACAAGGCUGGCGGGUUGGCUCCAGUGGACCGCAUCAUGCGGCUGCUUGCCUCCUUCGACAUCGUCAAGUGCGUGACGGAGGCAGGUCCAAGCGGCGAGGUGAUCCGGCACUACAAGCCCUCGCCGGUGUGUCGGUGGCUCAGCAGCAACCACGGUGGCCCGUCGCUGGCGCCCUACUCUAUGUUCACUACGGACCAGGACUUCUUGAUGGCCUGGUAA